AUGGAUUUGUAUGCUGCAGGCUUCAAUGCCUGGAACCAAUUAAGCUUCGAGCCGCCAUCGGGAGACGACACGGAGCCCGACGACUUGUCGACAUUUACAAAAGUGCUCGGAGACGAACACCUUGAGCGGCCGCGUGCAGGAUUAUACUACACCCUAGUCCGCGGAAGCUCCAAGAACUUCUGCGCGGGUAAAAGUCUCGAUGCAGGAGAUGACGAACAACUUCAACAAACUUAUCGGGUGACGCAAGCUGCCAAUGGCAUGACUCUUGGUUUUGAUACUCAGCAAGCAUCUGCCAAGAACAUAGAUGAGAAGCCGGGGGGACCGAACCAGCAUGCUCUGACGCUAUAUCCUACUUACGACGACUUCCUAUCAAAGUCCAACUCCACAAGCUGGCCAUGCCAAGGUCAGGUUUGCGAAGUCGCUUCUUUUGACGCAGGGUUUCUUGUGCUAUACCAAGAUGGGAGUGUGGCUACAUUAGGUGAUCCCCGAUAUCAGGAUUGCCUCGCAAGAGAUACAUCGAAAGUCCCAGGGGAUCAACCGGGACUAGUACCCGACCUACUGGACUUAGGAGAUCCUAUAAAGCAUGUCACCGCCGGUGGUUAUUGCCUUGCCGCGCUCACAACGAGUGGCAGCUUGUACGUCUGGGGGCAGAAGUCUGCGGGAGACAAAAGGACCAGACAUAUCGCAUUCGCCGAAGUAAGUGGAAUGCCGAACUACUUCCAGGUAGAUGAAGACAAGGAUGUGCAGGACGUGGCCUUUGGGGAUGGUCACGCAAUAGCAUUGACGACUGAUGGUGACAUAUAUGUAAUUGGCCGUAACGGUAAUGGUCAGCUUGGAUUGGGACAGGACUUUGGCGUGGAAGCAACAAGGUGGACAAAGGUAGAGCUGGAUAUUCCUGAUGACAGCGACAUCGUAGGAGUUGCUGCUGGGCCACGAGCAUCUUUCAUCUUGACAUCACGGGGGACACAGGAAACUUAA